AUGACUGACGACAUUCCAGAGACCGGUGCCGUGUUCACAUUCGGCAAAUCGCGCUUCGCCGACAACGAGCCGAGCCAUUUCUUCAUCAAGAACGACCCCAUCGUGGCCAUCUCCUGCGGGGACGAGCACAGCGCCGUCAUCUGCCAAAAUGGUCGAGUCUUCGUUUUCGGUGGCAACGCCUGGGGCCAACUGGGCCUCGGCCAUAAGGACGAAGUCACAAGACCCAGUUGCGUAAAGUGGCUGAAGCCCCACCGAGCGAUGUUCGUCGCGUGCGGUCGCGCUCACACGAUCUUCGUUACGGAUACGAACGCUAUCUACUCCGUGGGCUGCAACGAGGAGGGCCAGCUGGGCACUGGGGACACGGAGCCCAGGAGCGUGCCGCAGUACGUGGAGUUUGACUCGGUGCCCGUCAAGCAAGUGUCGGCCGGCAGCAACCACACCGCCAUACUCACAGAGGACGGCCGCGUGUUCGUGUGCGGCUCUAACUCCGAGGGCCAAUUGGGGCUCGGCGAGGGCACCCGCUCCUGCCCCCAGUUCACCGAGCUCAAGUUCAUGGAGAGGAUCGCCUUCGUCGAGUGCGGCUACUAUCACACCAUAUUCAUAACCGACAAAGGCGCGGUGUUCGCGACGGGCGACAACGAAAACCAGAGACUUGGCAUACCCAAUACGGCCACGACGAUUUACUCACCGGAGGUGCUGCCAAUAAACGUGCCGGUGAAGAGCGCAUGCUGCGGCGCCGGCCACACGUUCCUGCUGUCGAUGGACGAGAGCCAGAUCCUGGCGUUCGGCUCGAACGAGAAGGGCCAACUGGGGCUGCCGGGGGACGUGGACCACGUCAGCACCCCCACCGAGAUGGACAUGGAGAUGUUCGACGGGUACCAGCUGAAGCUGGUCGCUUGCGGCGCGAUGCACACCGCUUUUGUUACAGAUAACGGUCUGCUCUACACUUGCGGCGAGUCGAGACACAACAAACUCUGUUUGGAGGAGGCAGACGACGCCGACAACUCGAACGAGGCGGUGCCCAAUCAAUACACGCCGAAACGGGUCAUUGCCAUGGACGGUUACAUCGUCGACAAUGUCGCCUGCGGCGGAUGCCACACCCUACUAACGGCCACCAAAUGCCCAAACGACGAUACCCUAAUAGCCACUACAGACCAGGAGGAACGCAAGACAUCGCUGAUCGAACUGCCACCACUACAGAAAAUACCAGGGCUCAAUAAAACCGAUGAAAAGGUCGAGAAUGACGCGACGAAAUCCAACAGCAACGAACCGCGGGCGGACGAUAUAAACGGCAACACUCAUGAAGACGCCGGAUCGAUAGACUCGUUGGAGGCGAACGUCAGCGGCUCCCACAUAGUAAACAUAAACGAGCUCAGUGAUAACGGUGGAACACGUGACGCGGCUGAUGUGAACAAACUCGAGGAAUCGCCGCGAGCGAUUUCCAACGCGAACGAAGGUUCGAUCCCGGUGUUCGCAAUGGACACGGACGCCAUUGACGAAGCAGUAAAAACAACUGACCUAGCUCAAAAGGAAAUCGAAGAUGCCGUGCACAGCUUAACGGUGGAAACUAUGGUUAAAACAGAGGUCGUCGAGGACAUCAUACAGAAGACCGAAGCCAAAACAAGCCCUUUGUCUCCCGACGAGAAAGUGUCGCUCGAUAUACCGGACAAAGCGGCGGAGGUCGCAAACUCGCCGCCGCCGAAAUCGCCGAUCAUUCAGGACCUGCUCGACAUACCGGACAUAUCGCACAUGAGCCCAGUUCCCAGUAAGCGUAGCGACGACGGCACGGGACAGUCCGAAAACGAGACCAUCCCCUGCGCCUCAGACAAGUCAAGCCCACAAGCGGAGAAAACCGCAAAAACUCAAGCGGUACUGCCGAUAGUGCGGAGCGAAGAUCACAUCGACUCGCAUAAUGUGCCGGCCAACUGUGAAGAUACAGAUGUUGUCGCUAAUAAACUCGAGGAGAAAGGGCGCUUUGCCCGCAUUUUUCAGUCCAUCAAGGACAAGGAGACCUCGUGCAUGGGUAAAGGAAAAGUUAUAGAGGAGAGAAUUGUUGAGAAUGUCCACAAAGGAUUGGAAGAUGCAGAGGAAACAGUAAACAAGGUAGAAGAAAGAGUUGAGACGGAAAUCAGAAACCAAACGAACUCCAGAACUUGCACAAUUUUG